AUGGGAAAGGUGUGUUUCACUGAACUGGCUGGGCAACACUCCUGACUUAGCAGUGUAGGUCAUACCUGGAGGCAAUGGUUAUUGUCCACACACAUGAGUCAUGACAUGGUGUGUUUACAACUGUCAGCUGUCUGGAACUUUACCAGCAGGGUAGAGUUUGUCAAAGCAUCAGUUUUAGUGCAGAAAACCUUUGUGUGUCGCCUAUGGAACAGAUGAAAUAACAGACCUGGAGCUUUCUAGACCUACUAGGAACAGCCUUGAGCCUAAUGGAAUCAGCUACUCAAGCAACAUAAUGUCUUGGUGAUUCACCGAUUCUGUUGAAGAUAAAUGACAACAUCUUCUGUGUUUAGAUUCAUAAAAACAACAUUUGUAGCAGAUUCAUUGUUUUGGAUUUAGAGGGAUGCCACACUUGACUUGUUGUCUUUCCAGCAGUGUACUUCUCCUGACCUCCCUUGUUUAACCUCAUUUCAGUCCUCAGUUGACCUUUGACCUAUGCUUCCUCACCUAACCCGUCACUGAAAAUGUAUUCUGAUCUGAACAGAAAAAGAGCCGGGAUGAGACCUGUGGCGAAGGCAGCGGAGUGGAGAUCCUGGAGAACAAGCCUUAUGAUGACGGCCCAGGGGGAAUCGGCCAGUACACCCACAAGGUCUACCACAUCGGCAUGCACAUCCCCAGCUGGUUCCGCUCCAUCCUGCCCAAGGCAGCACUCCGGGUGGAGGAGGAGUCCUGGAACGCCUACCCCUACACCCGCACAAGGUGUGAGACUACUGCCCCCUACAGGAGUACCACCCUUACACCCCUCACACACACAGGAGUACCACCCUACUUUAUGUUAUUUUUAGUACUAUAUUGAUAUUGAUUACUGCAUUGUUGGGUUUAGAGCUUGCAAGAAAGGCAUUUCACUGUAGUUGUGCACGUGACAUUGAAACUGAAACACCCCCACACACAUAGGAGUACCACCCUUACUACCCCCCACACACAGAAUUACCCACACAGAUCAGUACCACCCUUACACCCCCAUACAGUCAGGGAGCCUCCCCCACUUCCACAGGAAAAGCUCAACAUGUGAGCCAGUACAGUAUGAUGAGACUGUUUCCCCUAAGCUUAUACCCAUGCCCAUAGUGAGGGAGUUGAUAGGGAGGGCGUCGAUUUUGAGGGGUAUGAUCAGUUGUAUUCAACAGACCAUCUCAACAUCAAACCUUAUCCAUAAUGGAGUGAUUGUUUAUAUAAUCUGCCUCUUCAGGAAAAUACUGUUACUAAGAGCCAAGUAAAGAGCCAAGCAAAGCUUCCAGAGCAGUUGUCAGAACACUGCUGAGCGUGCCAACCAAGACAUGGACAGUCUUCAAGUCAGCAGCUCUGCUAGCCAGCCUGUCGUUAAGAGUUGAUGACUCCCCAAGUCUUAGGGUCUGUCUGUCUGUCUGUCUGGGGCCUGGGCAGAGCCGCAGGCGUGAGGCUGCUGAAAUGAGAAGUGCCCCUUGAAAACACUGUCAAGGUAUUGAUAGACUGGAGCCGUCUGCUGACACGUUUAUCAAAGCAGUGACAGCUCUGCUGCAGAAGACUGACUCGAGAGAUGGGCAGAGCUAGCACCUCUACACCUCGCCUGGAGCCAGAAACAGAGAGCGAGAGUUCGGGGUGAGAAAGAUCUAGAGUGACAGACAGAGACGAAUACAAGCAGUAGCUAACUCUUGCCAUGUAGGCAUAUUUUGGGCCUGCCCAUCAUUUAACAAAGAACCCACUAAAUAACAGAGACAUCAAGAUGUUUCCACCAGUAAUUUCCCUGUGAGUAUAUACUGUGUCCAGGUCAACAUAUUGUGGUUAUUUAUUACCGUGACCUCUAAGCUUGCUGUCUUUUCUCCUCCAGGUACACCUGUCCCUUUGUUGAGAAGUUCUCCAUUGACAUUGAGACAUACUACAAGCCAGACACAGGGAACCAGCCAGACGUCUUCAACAUGUCCCCAGUCGAGAAAAGGCUAAGGACUCUGGGUAAGAACCUGUGGUGCAAGUCUGGGACAAAUAGUGGGAGAUUAGAAGGACACUAUAGCUUCAGACCACAGUGUCCAAAUUGACAACACUGUUAGAUGGUGAUUAUUUUUCCUCACUAUGGACAACUUACAAAAUGACAGACCUAUGUUAGUGGUCUUGUUUGAAUAGUCAUGAUUAGUAUUGAGGUCUUCCUGACGCAUGACCUCCACAAGGGUUAGAGGGAAGCUCCUGGUCUCACACAGCAGCCAGUAGAGUAGAGGCCCACUGGUGGCCGUUUGCUACCACUGCAGCUGUUUUCCUGUUGUUGGCGGCAAUAGAGUCUCGUCAGAAGUGAUGCUGCUCAGAUGCUCAUGGUUUGAGGGCAUGCAGUGACCUAAUUUACACAAUUCAUUGCCAGUGUUCCUGAGAUGUCAUGAAUGACAUUUCUACCCUGGUUCAUCGUCAGCUGUUGACUGAAAAGGGAAAAUGUUUGUCUUAGAAAUACCAAAUCCAGUGUGUACUAUUAAGUGUCCUAGAUUUAAUUAACGUGUCAAAAUAACUUGGUUGUUAAACAAUUUUGUUUCGACCAACAGCCAUAAAACGACUGGCUAUGUUAUGUAGGAAAAUGUGGACACCCCAACAAACCACCUGCUCAUAUGUACAUGUUAUUUCUGGCAUACGUGUUCAAAUCAGACUCUCUUGCAGACCCCAUCGACAUUGUCAAAGAUCCCAUCCCCCCACAUGAGUACAUGCAAGAGGAGGACCCUCGGAUCUACAGGUCAGACAAGACCAAGAGAGGCCCUCUGCAGGAGGACUGGAUCGAGGAGUACAACAAUAACCCAGGGAAGACGCCCAUCAUGUGUGCUUACAAACUGUGCAAGGUGGAGUUCCGCUACUGGGGCAUGCAGUCCAAGAUCGAGCGCUUCAUCCAUGAUGUAGGUGCGUAUUAGAUGGGAUUAGUCGUUGAAAGAGUACUUUUAACAGUACCUUGAUAUAUCCCUUCCCCGGUGCUGGCAUAUGAGUGCUUGGUCCAAGAGCAGUAGUGUUUCCAUACUACAGGCAUGCUGCUGCUGACUAGUUUAGCUAGCAAACUUCAGCUGACAUCGUGUCAAUAUGUUAUAGGUGGUGGCCAGGUGGGAUGCACUGAUCUUUUCCAGUGCUGUCUGUCUAAAUAUUCUCCCCUCCCAUCCCUCAGGGCUGAGGAAGGUGAUGGUGCGGGCCCACCGGCAGGCCUGGUGCUGGCAGGAUGAGUGGUACGGCCUGACCAUUGAGGACAUCAGACAGCUGGAGCUGGAGACCCAGCUUGCUCUGGCCCAGAAGAUGGCCCAGUUCAGCCAGGCAGAGGAGGCCACUGAGGCCAAUGGAGCUGCUUCAUCCCCAGACAAGAACCAGGAGGCCAAAGAUACCAUCAGCUCCUUAGAAACUGAGGAGGUGGUCAGUGCAGGGGGUGGGGGAGACUCUCUCCAAACAAAACGAGCAGGGCUCACCAAGCAGUGGUCCACCUCCUCCAGAUCCUCCCGCUCAUCCAAGAGAGGAGGUGAGAUGUUUGAGCCCAAUUGUCUGUAUCUGUGUGGAGAUGUUGGACUGUUUAACAAGCAGGUGGUGUACAGACAUCAUUUGUUAUUGAGUAUGUAUCUAGGUGCUGUAUCUACACUACCACUGUCCCUGCUUUAUCCAGAUAUGUUUUACCUGCUUGUUCAAUAUACAGUCUAAGGACAAACCCCUCUCCUACAGACAGUACAACCCCCAUCCCCACCUCUAAGCAGCAGUCAGAAUCCUGCCUGCCACCUGGACCCUCUCUCUCUGCCAGUCAGCCUCAUUUCACCCCCUAUUACCUAAGACCGGGAAUUGCCAGGGACCUCAUGAUACGAUAUUAUCACGAUACUUAGGUGCCGAUACGAUAUGUAUUACGAUUCUCACAAUUCUAUAUGUAAUGCUAUUUGAUACUGUGAUUUUGUUGCGAUUCAAUGUUCCAAACAUAUUGCUCACCAUAUGUCUGCUGCAGAACGACAAGGGAGAACCAUGAGAAAACAAGUUUUGAUCAGUCAUGGAAAUAAAAGUGCUGAAACAAAUUGGCUCCCUAUUUAAAAAGAAAAAAGAAAACAAGCUAUGAAGGAAAAAUACUGAGUUUUGGUGCAGGUACAGCCAACUAGCGCAAAAAUAAUAUUGUGUUUUUGUCAAUACGUUACGAUAUAUCGUCAAAUAUAAUAUCCCGAUAUGUAACUGUAUAGAAUUUUUUCCCCCAAUAACUACUAUUAUCCCACUCUACAGCGCUCUCCUGGGCUAUUUAUAGCAGCAGUAUUGACAUCACAGGCUAGUGGAGACUGACUCUCUUCACACUGACCCUCCGCUCCACCCCUGCUGCUCCUCUCUCUUGGCUGACAGGCACAGCUGCGCUCCCUAGCCCAUGAGCAUCCAGCCAGCCAGGCUUUCAAAGAGACCCCCCCCCCCUCCUCCUCAGUAAUGAUAUAGGAAGCUAACAACAGACAUGAGGGACAGACAGUCCUACUUUUAGUCCAGGGUCUUUUUUCUGUGCGCUAAUUGACUGUUAGUGUGUCUGUGUUACGUUGGACUCCACACUUCACACCCCCUCCUGACCACUGAGCAAUUGAUCUGUGAUUAAGUCAAGCGUAACAGAGACUGUUGAGUGUUUGUGUGUGUAUCAGCAGGAGUGUGUAUUAGUAGGAAUAUGAUGCAGUUGGGUCUUAAAAUAACAGUGGUACGGUUUGUUCCCCUCUGUGUGAUUCAGCGAGCCCAUCACGCCACAGCCUCUCUGAAUGGAGGAUGCAGAGCAUAGCACGAGACUCCGAGGACAGCUCAGAAGAGGAGUUCUUUGAUGCUCACGGUAAAUCCACCAUUUUGAUAAAGUCCUCUUAGAGGCCUGGAGUAGGUUACAGGAGACAACACUAGUAGUGUGUUCCUUUCCCGUAACCCUCCUGUUGCAUCCUCCUUUGACUCAGCAUGCGUCUCUUCAACACAGAUCAGUUCUUAAGCUACCCAGAUACCCAGCAUGCUUUUGGCUUGCGGUUGAAAUAGGUGGGUGUAGCUCGACACUUCGGUUCAUCUGCUGGCCCAGGAGAGGACUGACCCCGGGUUUUGGCUUGUCCUGAAGAAGUGCUGAAAUCAUCACCCUCUACCUUCACCUGUUCCCCAUUGACAAAACUAUCUCCCCCUGCCCUCCUACACACACAACACACACCUUUACACCAUCCCUAUUGCAUUUACCAGACAGUUCGUGAAGACAUUACUAAGUCUGUACUUCAUAAAGCUCAUCACCUCCCCACAUCCAUCACACAUUGCCUGUAGAGAGUCAAUCAUCCCAUCAAGUCAAUCCACAAAAUGAUGUAUGUGUGGAAGCAUGAUUAACUUUGAUUUUUUAAUGACAUAAUAAAGUAAGAAGUAAUGAAAUAAGAAUAAUAAAGCAAUGCAUGUUUCCUUUGUAUCUAUUUAUUUAGAUGAUACUGAUGCUAUUUGGAUUAAAUCUGUAUCAACAGUUGAAACUGUUCAUGAGAUGUCAUGAAGUAACUGCAUGUGCAUUUAGCUGCAUGUUCAAAUAUAUAUAGCUGUAUGCUUUUGGUGUUUGUGCCGUUAUUUAUGUUCACAAUGAGAUGGUAGCUGUUUCUGGUGAAUAUAAAUUGUUGUUUCAUCCCUGGAUUCAUCUGUUUUUCACUAACCAUCAUACAGUGGUAUGUUUAUACCAUUAUACACACCCCAGUAUGUGGCUAUCGGGAGUCUUCAACUUUUCAUUGGACACCUGAUUAGUUAAUUUAAAUCAAUUAAAAUGUGGAAACUAAAUGCUGAAACAUAAUCAAAUAAUGCUUCACUGUAACUUGUUUUAUUAUACAAGCAACCCUACUCAGUCGCUUCAUGAGUUAAUCCCUUGAUAAUGAACUCAGACAACAUUGCCAUAAUGAGCAAGGAUUUCUAGAGCAGCAGUUUGGUGAGGGUUGUAAUGUAAUAGGACAGUAAGUACUGACAUUGGCUCCACAGAAUAUUUUCCUCAUUACAUUUUCCUUGUGAGCACAGUAGCAUAUCAUAAGAGCUGAGAACACCCAUGCCUGUCUCUGGAUGAGCCGUUCAUUAAGAUUACCAUGAUCAGAUGGUGAUGCGAUUGUAGAGAUUACAAGGAUGACAAUAGCAUACAUACAGGCAUAUGUAAUAUGUAUAAAUAUGUCUGUAAUUAAAUUAACAGAAUCAAGUCUGAUAGUAGGCAUAUAGCUAUAACAUUCUGUCAUCAUAGUGCCACACUGCUUACACUAUCCAUUCAUGACCAUUUUAUGUCAGAUCAUGGAAUGAUUAAACCAAUAUGACACAUGAAUGCUGCUGCUCUGUAGCAAAAGUGUUUGAGCAUACUCCGAUAAAUGCUCAUGCUCAUAUAAAAGCUUUGAUACUGCUCAGCUUCUUUAACUGAACUGAGCUUCUCCCUGAUCUGUGCAAAUGAGGACCAGCAAAACAUUGUUUUGGAGGUUUGAGUGGUGACCUUUUGAUAAAGCAGAAGUGUGCAUAGGAUACAGGUUCUAUAAUGUGAUUUCACUGAAACAUCCCAGUGGCUUGGUGAUUUGAUUGAGGAGGCUAUGCUAUUCCAAAACCACUAUUGUUUCUAAAGGAACACAUAAAAUGCAAGGUAGCAAUUACUUUAUUUAUCAGUAUUAAUAUUUAUCUCAAAUCAUAAUGUCCUAUGGUAGCGAUCAGGGUGUACUGUAUGUUUGUCUCUAUCUGUACUCCGCCAGUACACGGAAGCCUCUUUCACAUUUGUGAACAUAUAAAUGUCUAAAAAGUUCAGUGUUCCUUGUCACAGAAUGUUUGAGAAUGAUCUGUGACUGGUCAUCUGGGCCCAGUUUUUCAAAAAGUAUCUGGAUUUCUCCUAUAGGAUUAAAUGCAUAGAAAUAGAAUGAAUAGAACGGACAAAUCAUUGACUUGAAUGGGGACUCCCUUUCUAAAUCCGGAUAGAUAACUUUUGAAAAACUGGGCCCUGAAUAUACUGCAGAUGGGAUAAAAUGGCACAUUGACUUAAUAGGUAUAAUACUUGGUAAUAUGGACACUUCGUAAAAACUAAUCCUGUCCCUUCUCCCCACAGAGGACUUGUCAGGUGAUGAAGACAUUUUCCCCAAGGAGAUCGCCAAGUGGAACUCCAACGACCUCAUGGACAAGAUUGAGGCGGCUGACGCAGAAGACACCCCUGGUAUGGAGACAAACGCUGUCUGUGUUGUAUUAUGGGAGAUGUAGGCAAGACAGAGGAGAUGGAGUUUGUGUCAAAGUGUCUUUUUUUUACUGACAGUAUUAUAUUACUCUGAUUCUCAAUGUUAAAGUGUGUCUGUGGAUGUUUCUGCAGGAGAGCUGUACAAGGAUAUGGCAGGGGACUAUGAGAGGGCAGCCAGCGAGGAGAGACUAGAUGAGGUAGGUACCUGGGAGGGUGAAUGGCUUUUCAACUGAACAUUGAUAUACCAACAACUCCAUUACAUUCAGACCCAAUAUCAGUAGCAUGUCACAUAGAUGCGGUCUGGCUGAGUUCAUAUUCAGACAAAAUAUCAACAUUGAACAUGCAGGAGGUAUGAGCUAAAAGGAAACUUAAAUCCCAGUCACUAAAGAUGAUAAUAAUAAUAAUAAUAAUAAUAAUAAUAAUAAUAAUAAUAAUAAUAAUUGGUCAUUUAGCAGACGCUCUUAUCCAGAGCGACUUACAGGAGCAAUUAGGGUUCGACAGAUUUUUCACCUAGUCGGCUCGGGGAUUAGAACCAGCGACCUUUCGGUUACUGGCACAACGCUCUUAACCACUAAGCUACCUGCCUAAAGCGUUCAGGCCUAACAGUAGGUGUUGAAGUGAAUAUUCUGUGUAGGGCUUUAGUGGUCCACUCCUUUAGACUCUCUGUCUUGUGUUCAGAUGGGUGGCUCUGUUAGCAGCCAAGCCUAUAGCUCUACCAUUCCCACCAUCACUGUAACCAAGCACCAGUCAGUAAGUAAACUUCCUGUCCCAUUCCAUUAUGGGCCAGAGUAGAUCCACAGAGACCCUAACAGACCCAGUACUAACCACCCUGCUCCUGCCCUUGCCCCAGCCCACCCCCUCUCUACUCCUCAAACCCCCUAUCCCUUGUGAAAUAUCCUCUGAACUGUAGUCGUGGCGUUUACAGUGUACAGCCUCUAAAAAAUGUGAGUUUUGGAAAACACAAAAACUUAACAUUUACAUUUUCCCCUUUUAUGUCAGUGUGGUUUUGUAUUUCUAUACAAAUGUGUCUUUGCCCUUGGUUUUUGUUGUUGUUGGCUUGUUGUUGUGGUUGGCUAAAGUUGGAAUCGUUUGCAAUGUGACCAGCUGGGGUGUAGGUUGGUCCAGCGUCUCUUAAUGAUGCUCUCAGUGUGAAGAGGAAAGCUGGACAAGCAUGCUGUUGCUGGAUAGGGUGUAGUUAUCACACACUGUAUACACUUCCUGUGUUUCAUAUCUGAAGGAAGUGGAAGUGCACACUGAACACACAAUGAGACGUAUCACUAUAUACUAAAGAGGUGUGUGCAAACACAAAGCCCUGUUACUGUCUGUGUGGUUUUGUGAGUAAGUCAAGAAGCAUGUUGUCAGUGGUCAUGAUACAUUAGCAGCCAAGCCAGAAGCAUGGUUCUAUGGGUGAAUGGCUUCAUUUCCGUUGAGUUUAACAGAUCUCUCUGCCCCUCAUCCUGCCUUUUCUCUUCACCUCCCAUUCACUCCAUCCAUUCCCCCUCCUUUCCUCCCCCAUAAUAGGACCUCUCCUCCCAGCAGUGUCUGCAGCCUUCUAAGAUUCAUGUGCUAAUCCUGGUGCUACAUGGGGGCAACAUCCUGGACACGGGCGGAGGGGACCAGACCAGUAAGCAAGGCGAUGUCAACACCAUCAGCACGGCCUUUGACGCGGUGAUGCGCGUGCACUAUCCCACUGCGCUGGGUCGCAUCGCCAUCCGCCUGGUUCCCUGUCCCGCCAUCUGCGCUGAGGCCUUCUCCCUGGUGUCCAAGUGAGGGACACACACACUACACAACCGUAGAUACUGUGUACACAACUACAGUACACACACUACUUCUACUACUAUUACUAACCUAUCCCCUGUGUGUGUGUCCCUGGCUUCAGUCUGAGCCCAUACAGUUAUGAUGAGAGCUGUCUGUCUAGCAGUCAGGACCACAUCCCCCUGGCUGCCCUGCCUCUCCUGGCCACCUCCGCCCCCCAGUACCAGGAGGCUGUGGCCACUGUCAUCAUGAGAGCCAACCAGGUGUACAAUGACUUCAUCAGGUCCCUGAACGGGGCAACCUUCUCUGGCCAGGUGAGGAGCUGCUACUGGCCUGUCAGCGUCUCCAUUGUUACGGACAACGGCUGCUCUUUAUUUGGAGUCUAAAAUUGCAAGAGCAUGUUUCCAAGUCAAGGAGGAUAUUUCUUAUGAAGAACAUCAUUUGGAUUUGAAUCCUUUUAGCAACAAAUUAAUUAUGUGGGUGUUUUCUGUUUCUAAAUUAUGUGGGUGUUUUCUGUUCCUGCAGGUAAGACAAAUGAAGCUAGCAUUCAAUAUUUGACGCAAGUUGAAUUUAGUAUACAUUUUUAUAAAAAAUUGUCAGAGGCUCACAUAAUUUGAUUAGAUUAUUUGUACGUGUGUGUGCCCACAUGUUUGUGGGUGUGUUUGAUGAUGUGGUUAUUACGGCUGAUUCUUUUUAAAGGGGUUGGGCACUCUUAUCUGCAUCCUGUUUGAUAUCUAAUGAUCUGAUCUGUUUUAGUAAAUUGACCUGUGACCUCUGUGUAGGUGUGCCUGAUUGGGGACUGUGUGGGAGGGAUCCUGGGGUUUGACGCAUUGUGCAACAGCAACCAAACUAUUGGUGAGAGCCAGAACAGCAGCCGCAGGGGUAGUGUAAUCAGCGUACAGGUAAGACCUAAACCUUGAAGCUUAGUUACUCUCCCUGUUCCUAAGCUUGCAUCUUUACCCAUACCCCAAAUCACAGACACUCACUCACCCAGGAGCUCUAAAUACAAGUUUCAACGCUCUAGUAUUUCACCACCACAUUUCUCCUCUGGGAAGGACACUUAUCCAGCGCCCAACCUAGGUCUGGUGCCAUUUGCAUGUCAGUCAAGUUCACUAUACAUUCCCCAACCUCUGUCCUCCCCUCAUCCCUCCCUGCAGGACCAGGACCUCCUCUCCCCAGGCAUCAUCAUCAACAGUGGGCACGGCUCUGCCUCUCCCACCCUGGAGGGCAGCCGCCACCUGAGCCUCAGCAACAUCGACAUCCCCCGCUCAGGAGGACCAGACGACCCCAAGAGACAGCUGCCCCGCAAAAGGAGCGACUCCUCCACAUACGAGCUGGACACCAUCAAACACCACCAGGCCUUCCUGACCAGGUGUGACGGUGGUUUAUAUUACUACAGUUACAUUCCAUCAUUGAUGUAGCUGAUGGAUAAUUUGUUACUGUCACUGUACUGAGAAGGGUAUGGCUAUGCAUGUGAUAUUGUAGAGUCAUGGGUUGCUAUAAUCUUUUACCUACAUUGGUCUCUGUUUGUCUUACUGUGUGCUGUGUUUGUGUGUAUACUUGUGGAUGUGCUUCCCUUCUGACUCUGGCUGUUUGUCUAUUGUUGUCCCCUCAGCCUCCACUCCAGUGUUCUGCGGACCGACCCGUGCUCCCGCAGGUCCAGCAGCAGCACCUUCCAGGAUGCAGGCUGUCUGGGGAAGUUUGACUUUGAGGUGGCAGACUUCUUCCUCUUCGGCUCUCCUCUGGGCCUUGUCCUUGCCCUGAGGAAGACUGUCAUUCCUGUGCUGGAUGGUAAUCCCACCUAAACAGAGGGAAAAUGAAUAAAGUGCUUUAAAAAUGUAUUAUUUAAUAUGUGAAAAGUUUUGUGCUAUGAAUCGGGUAGUGAAAGCCUAGUAGGUACUGUGGGGUCUUAACUCCUUGAAACCCCCUUCUCCUUCUUUACGCCUGUUAACUCUGUCUCCCCUUAGUGGCCCAGCUGCGCCCAGCUUGCCAGCAGGUCUACAACCUGUUCCAUCCAGCCGACCCCUCAGCCUCGCGCCUGGAGCCCCUCCUGGAGAAGAAGUUCCACCUCCUGCCCCCCUUCAACGUACCCCGCUACACACGCUUUCCCCUGGGGGACGGCAACUCUGCUCUACUGGGUGAGCACACUGGAAUGAAAGCUGGAAGAGUUCACUCAGACUCACACACAGUCCUGUACCUGUAUGAGCAUAUAUCUGUUGUGGAUUUAUAUGCAAACAAAAAUGUACUAAUUUGUUACAUUCAUUGGUUAUAUAGCCCUUGUUUUGAUUAGCCAUUGGGGACUCUGUGUGAUGUAACAGUGUGUAGAAACUGACCAAUGUGAUGGAAUAUGUUGUUAGUUUUCUGACUUCUUUCCCACACGUGCAGGGAAUGUCUCAGAGACCUAUUGCCAGUGGUCUGUGGUUUGCUAUAGAGAGAUACACCGAAAAUAGCUUCAAGUUGAGAAAAAUGAAAAAAUAUAUAUUGUUUGUGCUUCAAGUCUUUGUGAAGCAAUGUUCUCAUGUAUAUAUUGUCAUGGUGCUGCUGGUUUCUGUUGUGGUUGGUUAGCCCUUACAGUAGAUUAACCUUAAAGGUUACACUGCACCUUUUCUGUUUAAGUAGGGGGCGGCUGGUAACCUAGCGGUUAAGAGCAUUGGGCGAGUAACCAAAAGGUUGCUGGUUCGAAUCCCCGAGCCGGCAAGGUAGAAAAAUCUGCUGUUCUGCCCUUGAGCAAGGCAGUUAACCCCCAACAACUACUGCUCCCUGGGCACCGAUGAUGUGGACGUCAAUUAAGGCAGCCCCCCACACCUCUCUGAUUCAGAGGGGUUGGGUUAAAUGCGGAAGACACAUUUCGGUUGAAUGCAUUCAGUUGUGCAACUGACUAGGGAUCGUAUUUCCCUUCCCAAUGAUACAGUAUUAUUCUGGAUAUUUAAUUUUGAUUAUUUUUAUCUUAGAAAUGAUAUGAUAGAUUGUUAAGUAAUAUGUUGAUAGUUUUUAUCUAAUGAGCUGUCAGCCCAUAUUCUCAGGUGUACUGUGCAGCAUUAAUCAUUGAGAAAGUUUUAAUUAUUCAUUUUGGUUCCGUAAUCAGUGUGUGCAGAGGUUAAUUUAAAUGCGAGUCAGAACCAGAGUCAUAUAUACACUGAGUGUACAAAACAUUAACACCUGCUCUUUGCAUGACAGACUGACCAGGUGAAUCCAGGUGAAAGCAAUGAGCCCUUAUUGAUGUCACUUGUUAAAUCCACUUCAAUCAGUGUAGAUGAAGGGGAGGAGACAGGUUAAAGAAGGAUUUUUAAACCUUGAGACAGUUAAGACAUGGAUUGUGUAAGUGUGCCAUUUAGAGGGUGAAUGGGCAAGACAAAAUAUUUAAGUGCCUUGGUAGUAGGGUAGGGUAGUAGGUGUCAGGCAUACUGGUUUGUGUCAAGAACUGCAACACUGCUGGGUUUUUCCACCACCCAAAGGACAUCCACCCAACUUGACACAGCUGUGGGAAGCUUUUGACACCUUGUAGAGUCCAUGCCCCAACUAAUUGAGGCGGUUCUAAAGGCAAAAAGGGGGGGGGGGGGGGGGGGGGGGAUAUGCAAUUUGUUGACACCACAACACAGUACAGACUUGGAUACACAUUAUCCCAAAUGCUACUCUGUUUUGCUUUUUUACAGCGGGUCAAUUCAUAGGGAACUGUCGGAGGCGUUCUCGUGUUGUUACAUCACUAACAUUUUUAGAAUAAAUGUGCUAACAUGGUGGCCUGAAUUACAAUCCAAGAACAGCAUCACCCUGCUCCCCUAAGCUCUACUACAACCUGUUGUUGCCUUAGUUACUGCUACUGCAGUAUUUCCUGUAGCUCUAAUGGCUUGACUCGUUUCACAUUUCUGUUGUUCUUGUUAUUGCUUCAUGUUUUCUGUGUCUUCAUUGUCUUCCUUUCCCCUCUCUCGGCCUCCUGCCCCCAUCUCUGCAAAAACCUACCCCCUUCCCCUGAAAACCCUGCCCCCUCCCCUCUGAUCCCCCACCUCCCCCUCUAGUGGAGACAGUCCAGAGCAACCCUCAGCUCCUGCUCGAUAGUGGGACCCCCCUCUCUUUCCGCUGUCAGGAGGCCAUCAGCGAGACCUGCAUCCCUGUGCCCGUGCUAAACUGGCAGGAGGGCUCCCUCAAGGCCACACCUGCUGUUCUGGAGUGUGUGUAGCCUCUCCUCUUCACCUGCAUCCCCCCCGAUGUCUCUCACUCUGUGUCGUACAUGUCUUUUUGUGUUAGUUGCACCCUCUCUUUCCACACUGACUUUGUCUGUGUAUGUAUGUUUUCACACCCUUACCAAUACUGGUGCAUUAGAAUGCUUUGGGAAUGUUACCCCAGUCAAGAGUUGGGGUCACAUUACUGGCUGUUCCAGGUCAAUCGUGUCAUGUAUGAGCCCUCAUUCUGCAGGAUUCAGUCCAUUGCCUUUAUUAUAGCUCAUUAGCAUGGCCCUCAGAACCUGUCUGUUUAAACUAUCUCUAAACAAUGAGGUGAUCAAAAUGCAAUAGUCAUUAGUUGUUGGAAUUUUAGUGAUUUAGAGAGACAGCAAUGGCUGACACAGUGAAUGAAACCUUGACCUGGAAUAGUCUGUCCUUGUUUUGCUGUGUUUCGCUGUUGCCAUAAAUGAUUGAUGUCCUUUGAAAUGGUAUGAAAAUAUGGUGCCUCUUCCUGCACUCAUUGUUAUUAUGUGGUUUCUUUGCUGCUGCAGCAUCUCCUCGACGUCAAAUACAAGAGUUGGGGAGUGUGUUUAAGGUGGUAGGCAAUGGUCCCCAUAUAAACCAUAACACUGUGACUAGAGAACUAUCUUCUGGGUGAUUUUGCCAAAUCUGAGGCUUGGAAGCUAUACUGACUGUGUUGCUCAGAUGUCUGCUUGAAUCAUUGAACCCUGCCCCUGCCCCUUGCAUUGUAAUUGUGUAUCCUUGUGUUUUUCUGCUAGUGAUGGUGGUGAAUAUUGUAUCUCCUGACCUUUUUGUUACAACAUGUAGAUUAGCUUCGUAUACUAAAUGGGACUGUUACCACUAAAAAUACAUACAAUAAUAAUCCAGCUAAUCAUUUGACAGAUAUUAAAAACUUUGAGACAUAGUACUGUGACAACCAAUGGAGUAACAUGUCACUUUUAACAUGCUGUUGUAUUCAUCAGGCCACUAUUUGAUCACUCACUGAUUGUCCAAGAAAUCUGACGUUGGCACCUGCUGGUUUCUGAAACCAUGGUGUGGUCCAUCACAUUUCUUGGUUGCAACCCCCUCCUUCUCAUCCUGUUGCCUUCCUGUUCAUCCACCUCUCCUCUUGUCUAUGUCUAAUGGGAUCUCCUUGUUUCGACUCAAUAGCGGAUGUUGUUCAGUCUCAUGGUGGUGUCUUCAUGGACAGUUCGUACCCCUCCUCCCCUGUUACGGGCCCCCACUGCCGGGGCCUGCGCAGGGCCAGUGAGGUCAGCAUUGCCAGCCAGGUUUCAGGAAUGGCAGACAGUUACACUGCCACCAACAUAGCCAACAGUAAGUGUUCUCGUUACCACAAGUAUCUCUCUCACACUGCUCCAUCUCAACUCCUCUUUCAGUCAAUCUCUUCUCUAGUCUUUCUCUCUUCUUAUUUCCACCCCCUCUUUUCUUUUCUGUCUUGCUCUAUCUUCCUGGUCCUACUCCACUGCAAUCUUUUCUCUCAAUCUUCUCUCUCUCUCAUUCUGACCGUUCUUACUCAGACUCUGCACACAUCACUCACUGCGCCGGAUCCCAAGCAGCUCUGUAGUGACCCAGUUGUGCCUGCAUUCACAGAAUAACCACAUAGCUACCUGCUAGCUCAGCUCCAACACAUUAUGACACCUGUGAUGGAUUGCACUGCUCUAAGCCCCUUCAUCAUAGAGGGAGCGUAACAUCACCACAGACAUACAGUGGACGUUAUCCAUUGUUCAAAUACAAUGUGCCAGAAGAUUAUUACUCUACUACUAGAGAAGCAAAAGCUCACCUCCUUUCACUGCGUGUCUGUCUUACUCUGACCCAUUGUUUGAAUAUAAAUGCAAAGGCUGUGUUCUGCAUUUAUUUAAUGUUUGCCAUGCAUGUAAAGAGACCCGUUUAGCUGAAUCAUUCCUGCAUUGUUCGCUCCCUGUCGCACUGUCUGCCCAGGUGACCAAGCUUCUGUUGUGUUAUACUCUCUAUCUGAAGUGGAUAUGUCCUAUAUAAGGCCUAAUAACACCUACAGAAGUAUCACAUGGCUUUCAAAACAUUUACUAACAAUGUACUCAGUUGGGAAGUUGUGCGUUGAUGAGAGAAUUUCCAGUUCAUGGUUAUUGGAAGAAAUGCCAUGGAAUGCUUUUUUCACUGUUCAGGAAUACAACAAAACUGAGAGUGCACAAUAUGUUGUGAAAAAAGUAUGAAAAUGGGUUUUGUCAAAGAUCAUUCUAACCUUCUUUUUCAGUUCAUCUGAGGACCAGUUGGACACUCAAUUGAAUACUUUGUUUUGAAGCCAUUUUCAGGUUGUGAAUGCAGCUGGUAGCAAAAGUACUUCACAUUUGUUUGUAAACUGGAAUUAACUGCAUUAUACUGUAUGACACCAAUUUCCUUUGUCAUUAUCCAUCAAUAAUUUUCACGUGGUUUCUUUCUUUUUGUUUUGUUUCCCAUAGCACAACCAUGCCAAAUUAACCAAACCAAAAAACUCAGCCUUUUGUCCCAAAUCGCCCUGACAUCACAAACCAAAUUCUCCCUGAGAAGCCCCCAUAAGUCCUGUAGAAAAGAAAGGACUGAUCCAGUCCAAGGAUCUACUGACACAGACACAGGAAAUGGGCCACAACCAGACCAAGAGGCAGACCCAGAAGCUAACAGAUGUGUAAGCCCCUGUGGCUCUGGUCAGUUAGAGAGACACCUGUCAGCUGGCCUGGAUUAUACCAUAUAUGACCUGGUCUCCCUGGACUCCCAGGCAGAGGUGGAUCAAGGUAUUCUUCUAAGAGACUGGACCCUAUCAACUCUGUACCAAAGCCAGGCUGAGGCUACUACUGACUCCUAUCCUCCUCUUCUUUAAAUCCUAAUUCAUUGUGCAAUCAAUCUCUUUUUAAUAUGCUUCUUGUCUACCAUAGACAUCUCCCAGCUUGACUCAGUCUCUCCCUCUGUUUCUAUGAUGAACUCUGCUCUGAAAGGACUGACCACAACCCUGUUCCCUGGUGGAAUAUGUUUAUUGUAUACAACAUACUCCCAACAAACCUGCAGUAAGAGACCCUCUAUGCCUACUGAGAUGAUAUUGUGACUUUAAAAGUGUAACAUACCCAUCAUCCAAAUGAUAUAGCGGGAAGGCUACUGGCCAAAUUUGCCAGUCUCUGCCUCACAGUUGACACGAUUGAACAUGGCAAGUUUGUGAGCAGUCCACCACCAACAAAAUGUAUCAAUACUGAAGAUAUCUUUACAAAACCAUCACACAAUUGUACCACUGCCAUGUGGUGGAGCCCUAUGGACACUGUAACAGAUCAGGUUCAAUAGAGUGAAACAAUAACAAAAUGUUAUUCAGAUAUUUUUGUCCUAGCCUGUUCUGGAGGCAAACAUUAAUUCAUCAGUGACAGUCCUAGUGUGAAUCCACUUAGUGAAGUUUUAUUUGGCAAAAUCAUUGAACAGAUGUCUUUAAAAUCCCAUCUUCCCUUCGUGUUUCAUAUACUAAUACAAAUAACUAUGCUGGUUUAACAUUUACUCAUUUUUCUUGUACUAACUUUAACAAUAUAAUUAUUGCAUAACAAUUCAAAGCUUUGUCAGCUGGGAGUAACACUCUUCAACUCCUGUCUUACUUCCCUUAUAGCUGAGGAACUGCUGUGGACUAUCUGGGCUUUGAUAGGAGUUUAUGAUUUAAUGCAGUCUUCCUUCAAAUGGUUAAUGUUUUAACCUUUCCAGGGGUGUGUAUUGGGAUGUUUUGCCCCCAUGCCACCCCACCCUUACCCAUGUACCCCCUCUCACCGUGCAGUCGCAGCCCGUUGGUGGGGCACCAAGCGUAUGGACUUUGCCUUGUACUGCCCUGAUGCCCUGACAGCCUUCCCCACGGUGGCACUACCGCACCUCUUCCAUGCAUCCUACUGGGAGUCCACUGAUGUAGUGUCCUUCCUGCUGCGACAGGUAAGCUCACCCCCCAAACAUCCAUGGCCUGUGCUUCUCGCCCCCUUUACACUAGUGUAGGCAUGGUGAGUAUGUAUGGUGUCAUCUAUAUGUUUCUUUUAGGUGAUGAGGCAUGACAACUCCAGCAUACUGGAGCUGGAUGGUAAGGAGGUGUCAGAGUUCACUCCAUCCAAACCUCGGGAGAAGUGGCUCAGGAAGAGAACCCAUGUCAAGAUCAGGGUACGGUCUGGUGCAAUUAGAACAGUGUUAACCACUCUAUAGGCUAACACUGUAAUUGUGUCUCAAUCUAUUCAUGUGUGUGUAUCUUUGACAGAAUGUGACAGCCAAUCAUCGUGUGAACGAUGCAGUGUUCACAGAAGAUGGGCAGCAGAUCGUGACUGGCCGCUUCAUGUACGGACCUCUGGACAUGGUUACAUUGACAGGGGAGAAGGUGGGCCCUCGCUCUCUCUCGCUCUCUCAGCACUCAUUCUUUUUAUUUAUCAUUACAACAAUGAAAACAGUAUGUGUGUAACACAUAAAGGCCUAUAUACAAAUAUAUGUACCAUCCAUCUUAUCCAUAUGUACUUAUCCCUCCAUCCAUGAGUCAUAUCUGUAUUUGUUUUAAAUCCAACACACAGCACAUGUAUGUGCAAAUCCUAUAUGUUUGUGUUCAUAGUGGUCGUAUAUCUCUAUGUUUACAGGUGGACAUCCACAUCAUGACCCAGCCUCCAUCUGGAGACUGGGUGUACUUUGACACGGAGCUGACCAACAGCAGCGGCCGCGUGUCCUUCAUAAUCCCAGAGAACAAACAGCUGGGGGUUGGUGUCUAUCCGGUCAAACUGGUGGUCAGGUGAGACUGGUAUCUAUGGCACACUCUUCUCUGGCCUCUUUCAGCCAAUCCAGUCCUGAGGCCUGAUAAAUGGUGACCUCUGUUUUUGGAGUGUUUUAGAUUUCUCUGAUGUCUUUUUUUACUCUGUUCCUUCAUUUAUUUCCACCUGUCUCUGUCUCUGUCUCUGUCUCUGUCUCUGUCUCUGUCCCUUUCCCUGUCUCUGUCCCUGGCUCUGUCUCUGUCCCUGUCUCUGUCCCUCUCUCUGUCUCUGUCCCUCUCUCUCUGUCUCUGUCUCUAUCUCUGUCCCUGUCCCUGUCUCUGUCCCUGUCCCUGUCCCUCUCUCUGUCUCUGUCUCUGUCUCUGUCUCUGUCUCUGUCCCUGUCCCUGUCCCUGUCUCUCUCCUCCUCCAUCGUUACAUUAUUUUGUCUCCUAUCACUACCAGGGGGGACCACACAUUUGCAGACAGCUACCUGACAGUGCUUCCCCGUGGGACAGAGUUUGUGGUGUUCAGUAUAGACGGCUCAUUUGCUGCCAGUGUGUCCAUCAUGGGGAGCGACCCCAAAGUGCGCGCCGGAGCAGUCGACGUGGUUAGGUAAUAUGCACCUGGCAUCACUUGGGAUUGGAUAGUCAUAACCACCAAAAUGAUUGAUCUCUGUUUUUGUUUCUAUAACUGGUUGUAUUGCACUCUCUCCACUCUUUCUUAUACUGUUUGAUUUCUUUCCAGGCACUGGCAGGACCUGGGCUAUCUGAUCGUCUAUGUGACGGGGCGUCCAGACAUGCAGAAGCAGAGAGUGGUGGCCUGGCUGUCACAGCAUAACUUUCCCCAUGGCAUUGUCUCCUUCUGUGAUGGCCUGGUCCACGACCCACUCAGACACAAAGCCAACUUCCUCAAGUCACUCAUGGAGGUCAGGAUGGGAGUGGGAGUGGUUGUUGGGUGGUGGGUUUGUGGAGGGGACUGGGGUGGGUAACAGAGGCUGGGGGUAGGUUCAAAAGUAGGUGAGGGCUAAGGGGAAUGGUGCAAAAUGCAUGAUAGGGGGACAAUGAAGGGAGAAGAGAUGAUUGGGGAGAUGGGCAAACAAAAAGAUCAUGAGAGAAAGAUUUUCAAGAAAAUAAGUUGUCUUGGUCAGAAUUUAUAGAUGACACUUAAUUCGCUGGUUCCACAGGCUCACAUGAAGAUCUUUGCUGGCUACGGUUCUACCAAAGACAUUUCAGUCUACACCUCCAUCGGCCUCUCUCCCUCCCAGAUCUACAUCAUUGGCCGACCCUCCAAGAAGAUGCAAGCUCAGUGCCAGGUACGAUACACAUGCACUUCUGACAUUUUAGUUUAGUCCUGGUCCUGUAUACUAUAUGCAGCACACCAUUACAUUUUAUGACUGUCUCUUUCCCCUGCCUGUCCCAACAGUUCAUUACUGAGGGCUAUGCGACCCACCUCUCUCAGCUGGAGUACAACCAGCGCUCCCGGCCAGCAAAGACCAGCAGUGCCCGCAUGGUCCUACGGAAAGGCAGCUUUGGUCUAGGUGCAAACAGCGACUUUCUGCGGAAGCGGAACCACCUGCUGCGCACCAUCUCCGCCCAGCCGGCCCCCAGCUCGCCCACCGGCAGCGGCCACAGCAGACCAGAGCGUACACAGAGCCAGUCAGACAGCCACAGCCACAGCCAGCAUGGCCCGGGACCAGCCCAGCGCAGCAUGAGCAUGGCAGCAGGCUGCUGGGGCCGCAGUGGCAGCACCAAGCUGGAACCUGGGAUUUUCAACCCAAAGUAGGGUUAGGGUUAGAGAGGUAGAUAAGAGAGGGAUGAUAAGGAGAGUGUGUAAAGUGAGAGAAGAAGAGGAUGAAAUUGAGAAAGGAGGGAAAGACUGCAAAAUAAUUAAAGAAAUUAAGAUUGAGAUGACGAGUCAUUUCAAGACAGAGGGAGAGUGAGAUGCUGAUCGUAGGCUUUCAAGGCUCUAAAUAUAGACAGGAAGAAGAAUGAGAGAAUACAGCAUUGAAAACCUUAAGUGCUACGAACCAGUCUUUGUAAAGCAACACUAUCAAUAUAACUGAAUCAACAAA